UUCGGCAAAAUUUGUCCCCAAGAUCAAACCAGAAGGUUCAGAACAGAACUAUGAGUAAAACCCUCCCUAGGGUUUAAGAAGCUGUAAUAACACUUCAACACCUAGAGCUCGUCGGGUUUCCGGUGACAAUCAAUAGCCUAUUUAUGCUUUACUCUCAACGCUCCAGCAGUGAAUCUCUGCUUCUCAAGCUCCAAUUCCAUCUCUUUAUCUCCAAACCCUCUUUUUUUGUUUGAAGAAUGUGGAUUCUGAUAACACCUCCAUUGAAGACCUCGGAAAACCACUUUUCAAAGUCCCCAAGCAAGUGAUUGCAGUCAACCCUUUAGUCACCGUUUUGGACGAUUUCUGUCCACCAGUUAUAGAGUAGUUUGCAGAUUUUAAUUCUACAGAGGAUUGGGUUGUUGAGAACGGUCGAAUUGAAAUGGCGGUUGAAGGAGAAAACCCUUGCGCCGAUGGCUCUGAAGCUAAUAGAAGUGUUGAAGUAGGAGAAACCUUCAAAGGAACUGUUGAUGGAGUCGCAUUGGUGGGAGCAGGAGUUCCUAAAGAAGAGAAUUUUGGCACUCAAAUGGAGGAGGGAAUGGAUAAGGUUUGUUUAGUUGGUUCUUCGGAGAGUUCUUUUCAAAUUUCUGUUAAGUCUGAAAACAUAGAGUUGGGUGAGCAGCCGGGAUCAGGUGGUUGUCUGGCUAUUGUUCAGAGUGUCAAGGAAGAAACAGAAGUUGAUGCCAAUGGAGAAAAGGGAUUUAAGGUCUCUUCGGAUACUAAUCUGGAGAAGUCGGAGGAGAAUUUUGGUACUGAAGUGGAGAGGGAAAUGGAAAAGGUAAGUUCGGUUGGUGCUUCGGAGAGUUCUGUUCAAAUUUAUAUUAAGCGUGAAAACAUGUCAGAGUUGGAUGAGCAGGUAUCAGCUAAUAGAAGUGUUGAAGUUGGAGACACCGUCAAAGGAAUCCCAUUUGUGGAAGCAGGAGUUCCAGGAGAGGUGGAGAAUUUUGGUACUCAAAUAGAGGAGGGAAUAGAGAAAGUAAGUUUGGUUGGUGCUUUGGAGAGUUCUGUUCAAAUUUCUGUUGAGUCUGAAAACAUGUUAGAAUUUGAUGAGCAGUGUCUAGUUGUUGUUCAGAGUGUCACUGAAGAAACAGAAGUUGAUGUGAAUGGAGAAAUGGGAUUUAAGGUCACUCCGGAUAAUAAUCUGGAAAAGCUGGAGGAGAAUAGUGGCAGGAGUAACUCAAAGAGUGGUGAACUAAGUGACGGAGAUGAGAAUGAUAGUAGUUCUGAGUCGGAGAGUGAGGUUUCUUCGUCAUCGUCUUCAUCUUCUUCAUGCAGUGAAGAGGAGGAGGAAGAGGAAGAAGAGGAGGAUGAUGAGACAGACAUGGAGGAUGGUGGUGAAAUGGAAGAGGGUGAGAUAAGUGGUUUUGAGGGAGAUGGGAUUGCUGGUGACAGUGACAUUGAAGAGGAUGAGGUUGUAAUGGGAGGGCCCAUAAAAUCGAAGAGUGAGCUUCAGAUUCUCCCUCCAGUUCCUCUAGUGGAUGUGGCCCUGGAACCUCAUCAUGAGACCUUGCCCGUUGGAGUUAUUUCAUCGAUCAUGGGAACAAAAGUCAUAGUGGAAGGGUUAGAGAAACACAAUCCUCUUAAUGAGGGUUCUAUCCUCUGGAUCACAGAAACAAGGUUGCCGCUAGGGCUGGUAGAUGAGAUCUUUGGACCGGUCAAGAACCCUUACUAUGUUGUACGGUACAACUCAGGUAAGGAGGUUCCUGCUGGAAUACAUAACGGCACCCCUGUGUCCUUUGUUGAGGAUUUUGCUGACCAUGUUAUUAAUGACAAGAAUCUCUACAAGAAAGGAUAUGAUGCAUCUGGUGAGAAUGACGAAGAAGUUUCUGAUGAGUUUGAGUUCUCUGAUGAUGAAAAGGAAGCUGAGUACAGGAGAAUGGUGAGGAUGGCGAAGCGAGGUUCAGAUGAUCGUAAACGUGGAAACAGGGAUUUCGUUGACAGGAAGAAAGCUCUACAAAAGGGUGAAUUCCGUAAGAAAAUCCACCUGCCAGGCCCUCCAGGCCCACAACCUCCUUCUCGUGGUGGUCUACCUCCAGGAAUUCAAAACCAAUGCCAUACACCAUCUGUUGCAUCACCAGUUGGUUGUGGUGGUUUUCCUUACUCUCAUGGCACUGGACCAGGCACUGCCAGUAUGUCUACCUUUGUUCCAUCUGUUUCACAACAGGGGCAGGCUUCCUAUUGUAUGCCUCAGCACUUGUUGGCAUUGAAUAAUGGGGUUUGGACAAAUGGGAUGCAAUCCCAGCAGCAGCAGCAUGCAGUCUUUCCUAAUGGAUUUCCAAAUAACGGGCUGCCUUCUCAGCAGCAGAAUGUGCCCUUACCUUGUGGGCAGCCUUUCCAGCAUCCUCAUCCAUUAUUUGUGAAUUUACCAAAUGGAAUGCCAGUUCAGCAGCAGUUUGAUCCUAGUCAGCAGCAGUUUGUUCCUAGUCAGAUGCUACUGCCAAGCAUGGUUUUACCAUAUGGGCAACCAAAUUUCACUGCAAGGCCUUUAUCAGUACCUUGGACAGGGAAUGUAGGCCAUCCUGGAUUAAGCCAGGCAACGUUUGGUAUGGACUUUGCAAGCCAGUCUUUGCACCCAUGCAUGAAUUCUGGUCAGCAAGGAGUUACGUCUAGUGGAUCAUGUAAUGAACAAAGCUAUGGAAUGCAACCACCAGGUGUUGCUCAAGAAAGCUUUGCAGCUCCCCAGCAAUUUCAUCAGGGAGUGUAUUCAGCUCCUGGGAGAAAGCCAUAUCAGCGAGGUCGUGGUAAUUUUGAAGGUGGUAGAGGUCGGAGACAAUCUGGGUGAGGUUAUGUUGUUAAUUGUUUCUUCCAGCUUUAUAUUUGAAAUUAACCUAUAAAUGUGAGGGAUAAAGUUGUGCUGCUCCACUGGACAAGAUAUGUUGUGCUAAUUUGUGAAUUAUUUAAAUGUUUGCUUAUGGAUAUGAUAUGUUACCAUCUUGCAUUAAUAUCUACAAUGAGAUGGUCUUCCUUUCCUCAGAUGUUAUUUAC